UGUCAUGCCUUUAUCUUUCGCACUGUUGUGCUCUCUAAUAAUAUUUAGAAAGAUCAACAUGUACGGUGAUAUAAUUAUUUGGUUGAGUUUAUACAGCUACGCAACAGAUUGAAAUCUGGUCCAUUUUUAACUCCUUUAACUUUUCACGACAUACAUUUAUUUGUAUUAUUUGCACCUAGCUGAUACUGGAACACAUCCAUAUGUCAGAAUGAGUUUAGCUUUCAGCAGGGCUCCCCGGAAGACUGCGGGCAACCGCAUGUCCAGACUGCUGGAUGCAGAAGAGGAGGAUGAGUUCUACAAGACCACCUAUGGAGGAUUUCACGAUGAAUCAGGUGAUGAGGAGUAUAAAGGCGACCUGUCUGAAACAGAGGAUGAGGUGGACAGCGACUUUGACAUUGAUGAAGGUGAUGAACCCGACAGCGAGCUGGAAGAGGAUGGACCACGGAGGAAGAGCAGAGUGGUGACCAAAGCUUACAAGGAGCCAGUUAAAGUGGUAAAACAGAAACCAAAACCACGUAAACCGACUGAGCUGCCCAGAAGGAUAGACAAGACAAAGAUUAACAAAUACAAUCCCCCUGAACUACAAGAGGACAUCAGCAAGAACAGGAAGUCGGUUCGUCAGUCCACAACUGAACACACACGACUGACAUACCUAAGGCUGCAAGAAAGACAGGUUGCUCCCCGCCGAAGGAAAGGUACGAGACAUGAGCGACCUUUGACCCAGGCUGAACUUUUGGCAGAGGCCAAGGUCACAGCAGAGAUUAAUCUCCGAUCACUGGAAAAUUAUGAGCGUUUGGAGGCCAAAAAGAAGAGACAGGUCCAUAUGAAGCGUCAGUGUGUGGGUUCUGUUAUCCGGUAUCAAUCUGUGCUAAUGCCCCUGGUGUCUGAUGUCAGUCUCAAAGAGGAGAAUGUGGAUGUGGAGGGGUUGGACCAAGAUGCCCAGCAGAAUCCAGGCUCCCAGCCUACACAAGCUUCUUCUCAAUCAGACUCAAUCCUUACUAAACAUAGUGCCCUAUCCAAUGCAGCUGCAGUAAACGCUUCUGUGCCACCAGGGGCUGCCAAAUGCUCCCGCACCUACAUCACAUUCAGUGAUGAUGAAACCUUCCAGCGCUUUUUCUCCCAUUCCCAGGCUCCUCGCAUACCUACCCAAGAGGUGUGCCCUGUUACCCAUAAGCCUGCGCUCUACCGAGACCCCAUCACAGACAUUCCAUACGCUAAUGUACAGGCAUUUAGGAUAAUCCGGGAGGCCUAUAAAAAGUAUGUGGCUGCUCACGGGCUGCCCUGCACUGGCACUACAACCCCAACUGAGACCACUGCAAAGAAUCUACGCCAGAAGAUCAUUAUUAAACAAGGCAUGUAGAAAAAUUCACAAGCUGGACAAUGGAUAGAGAUGGAGAAUAAAGGAUAAAAAUCUAUCUAUCAUCUCUGAUGAUAUACAUCCAUCCAUCCAUCCAUCUUCAACCGCUUAUCCGUAGUCGGGUCGUGGGGGCAGCUGCUCCAGCAGGGGGCCCCAAACUUCCCUAUCCCGAGCCACAUUAACCAGCUCUGACUGGGGAACCCCGAGGCGUUCCCAGGCCAGUGUGGAGAUGUAAUCUCUCCACCUAAUCCUGGGUCUUCCCCGAGGCCUCCUCCCAGCUGGACCUGCCUGAAACUCCUCCCUAGGGAGGCGGCCAGGGGGCAUCCUUACCAGAUGCCCAAACCACCUCAACUGACUCCUUUCGACGCAAAGGAGCAGCGGCUCUACUCCGAGCUCCUCACGGAUGACUGAGCUCCUCACCCUAUCUCUAAGGGAGAAGCCCGUCACCCUUCUGAGGAAGCCCAUUUCGGCCGCUUGUACUCGUGACCUAGUUCUUUCGGUCAUGACCCAGCCUUCAUGACCAUAGGUGAGGGUAGGAACAAAAAUUGACCAGUAGAAUCAGAGCUUUGCCUUCUGGCUCAGCUCUCUUUUCGUGACAACGUUGCGAUAGAGUGAGUACAAUACCACCCCGCUGCCCUGAUUCUCCGGCCAACCUCCCACUCCAUUGUCCCCUCACUCGUGAACAAGACCCCGAGGUAAUUGAACUCCUUCACUUGGGGCAAUACCUCCUUCCUUGACUGAUGAUAUACAACUAUGUCAAAAUGUGUGCUGUAAAUGUCUGUUUUGUCAGUGUAUUCGUAAGUGUAUUGAUCUGCAUUUUUUAAUGUGUUAUUCCAACUAAAACAUUUUGAAUGUAUUGUUUAUUUUAAUAUUGAUAUUUUGCUGCCAUACUGUUAUGUUAUAUAAUAUAUAUAUAUAUAUA